GGUAUCUUCCGCCACCAUUUGUCCAUCUACAUCCAAUUCCAUUGACAUUGUCUACGUACGGUCCUUACUUACAACACCCAUUUGAAUCAUUCUCAGAUACGGCACAUACGGCAGAUCCUGCAUCCUCAAUGCAUCAAUAGAAUUGAGUACUUAGCCUUUGCAUUGCGGCAUCGCAUACACCACAAUUCUCAAUACCUAUCGAGAAGCUUAGUCCAUUCAGAUCAUCGGAUUCUUGGAUUGUUUGCGACCUCUCGCAUACUCAACAGCACCACUCUACGUUCUACCGCAUCAUAGUCAUGGCAUCGCAAGACCCUCCUCUUGACGAGAUACAAUGGAGAGAUCCAAAUUGGCUUGCUGGGAAUUCAGGUCUUCACGAAAAUACCGUUCUUCAUUACUUUGCGCAGUCUCCAUUUUUUGAUCUUACCUCGAAUAAUUCGGUCCUCACGUCACAAGCUAUGCACAAUCAAAAUAUGUCGUAUAUCCUCGCCACUCGGAGUGCUUUUGAGGGCCGACUGAAAACUAUGUCUGGACUGGAAUUUUUGAUUGCACAAGAACCUGCGGAAAUGGCGCCGGGUACCGGCACUGGAGUAUGGGUAAUUAGCAAGCAAACAAGAAGAAAGAGAGCUCAAGAAGAAGAUGAAAUUAUAAAACAUGCGUCAUAUUUUGUAGUCGGAGAGAACAUUUACAUGGCUCCUACUGUCGCAGAUGUACUGGGCAGUAGAAUGUUAUCCAUCUUCACGUCGCUCACAAAUGCCAUUUCGAAAGUAUCCGAAUUGCCCAAUUUUUCUCCCUCUCUCGGUCAUACAUAUAUGCCACCAGUUCCACCACGAUCCAAAACCAUUACCUCAGCUUUCUCUCAGGCUUCCAAAGAGAAUACGCCAUUGCCCGAUCCCCUUGCGACCGAAGCCAAAAAUCCCUCCACUAAUACCUCCAACAAUGUACUCGCAAACCAUCUUCUUGAAGAAACUCUUAACAUAUCGCUCAGAUAUGGCGAUGAAUACAUGGAUGAGAAUCCUAUUACCGGAACACCAGGUGAUUUCCAUUUUAGUACAACCGGUCGAAAGGAAAAAGAAAAGCUUAUGGUGCCACCAACAUCAAAACCAGCAGGUUUUGGUCUGAGUGGUAAACCUGCACCUCCUACUCCAUUAAAAACAGAUUUGGGAAUGCAAAAGAAAGGAAAUAAGGGAGAGAAGAGCCCUAGAACUCCAGGAUCAGGGAAACCUAAGAGAAGAAAGAGUAAAGUGCUGAAUGGAGGGGUGAGUCCUACAUAGAAUAGACAAAUGUUUCAAAUAUGAACCUGUUGUAGAGUACAUCACCUACAUAUAGGUUUUCAAGGCGUUACGGAGGAUAUACCAUUACCGAAAAAAGUUAAUAGAAUCGGUCAAGCUCUUAUAGCAACGAUGCAAUGAAAAAAUGAACACAUCACAUAUACCACGUCUACUUCUUUCCAUAGCCAUCAACCUAAAUGCAAAGCGCCCACGACUACAACUCUCACCCAUCUUCCCAACCAAACUAAAAAUGAAGAGGUGCAACAAAACGUUUCAUUUUGUGUUGAUUAAUGCAGGUAUCUGCUGAGCGAAGACCAAGUGUAGUUUAGAAUGAAAUAGCAUGCUUACAAGUGUGCAGCUAUAGCCAAUUUACCCUGUCUAGUUGUUUUA